ACCUUAUCGGAGGAUGGCCAUGACCCUGGAGGCCUUCCUGUCCCCGCCCGUGCCCAUCUACAUGCAGUUCUUCAUCUAACUGACCAACCCGGACGCCAUUCGGUACCACGGGGCCAAGCCGGUGCUGCAGGAGGUCGGGCCUUAUACCUACGAGGAAAAGCGCCUCAAGUACGACCUCGAGUGGGACGACGCAGAGGGCACCGUCACCUACCUGCAGAACAAGUCGUACAUUUUCGUCCCCGAGAUGUCUCCGGGGCUGUCGCUGGAGGACGAGAUCACCACCAUCAAUGCCGUCAUGUGGUCGAAGCCGAGAGCCCCCUCCUGCACGCGCUGGUCGAGCUGGCUUUCCUUGCGCUUUAAGGAGUCGCUCUUUAUAACGAGGUCGGUGCGGAGCUGCUCUUCGACGGCUACGAGGAACCUCCGCUGGCCGAGCUGGUCAAGCACUCCAGGGGACCCGACGGAGACCAGGGGGAAGUUCGGGUUCUUCUACCCUAUUUACUUCCAGACACGUUCUCGACACGUUUCGGUCAUUGUUUACAUCCGUGACGUCACGCCUUGGCUACUGUGUCUAAACCUCAGAGAUGUCAUAGGAUUCCCAAACUUCAAUAGGCCACGCCCUUCUUCUGUAUCCAAGAAGCUGAUUGGUCGCAGCCGACGCCCUGUCUCGCGGGGGUCCGAACGUGUGGCGAGCGUCAUCUGGUCGGAGAUCGAACGCGGCUUCGACCUGUUCGAAUCCCACACCGUCGACGAGCUGCUCUUCGCCGGGUUCGAGUUCCCGGAAUUCGACUUCGACUUCUCCUCCGUGCCCGGCUUGGAGGCGACCGAGGGGCUGAACGGGACGAUCUACGAGCUGCUGGAGAUGCUCGGCCUGGACCCGCCCGGGUGGCUUCGCCGAGAACACCGAAACAACACCAACGACGGCACAUACAAGGUCAAAACAGGUGCCUUGGGAAUAGACGAGUACCUGUACAUCCAGGAGUGGAAAGGUCACACGGAGCUGACCUACUGGAACGACACAUACUGCGACAUGAUCAACGGGACGGAUGGGUCUCAGUACCCGCCGCCGAUCAAGAGGGACACGGUGCUCAGGCUGUACACUUCGGAAAUGUGCAGGUGAGGGGGUAUCCCUUACCUGACCUACGAGAAGGACCGCGACCACUUCGGCAUCCACGUCUACCGCUUCAUCCCGCCCCGAGACAUGCUGGAGGACCCCCUCGUCAACCACGACAACCUCUGCUACUGCAAGCCCGACGAGGACCACGCCGGGAUGGAACAUGGCUCCGUGUGCUUGGGCGUCCCGAUCGUGAUGUCGACGCCCCACUUCUACCAGGGGGACGAGGUCGAGCUGGCGAAGCUGGUGGGACUCGACCCAAGGAAGGAGGAGCACGAGACCUUCCUGGACGUCGAGCCUAGAACGGGCGUGACCAUGAACGCGGCCAAGAAGAUCCAAAUUAAUAUUCCCCUGAAACCUUACGGCCAGUUCCCCUCCUUCAAGAACGUACCCGAGGUCAUCUUCCCCAUCCUGUGGGCCAACGAGAGCGCCCUCGUGGACGAGGCGACGGCGCAGGAGGUGAAGAAGGGGGUGACGCUGCCCUUCGUCGUCGUGGACGCCGUGUGCGGGACCCUCAUCGUCGUCGGGGCUCUGCUGAUCAUCGUCGGGGCUUUCAAGUUUUAUAGGUUCAAGAACGCGCGGAAGCAGCAGAAGUCAUAAGGGCCAACAGUUCGCCACAGCUGCCAGCCAGAACGCACGCGGUCACAGAGUCUGCCUGGAGCUUUUAUCGAGCUCUCAGGUGUUUUCC